GUCUUCUUCGCCUCCUCUCUCUCUCUCUCUCUCUCUCUCUCUCUCUCCCUCUCUCCUCAUCUAGGGUUUCUCCCGAACCCUUCUCCCCAAAACUCUAGCGCGAGCUCGAUCCCCCCUCCUCCAAUGGCGAUCGAUCCCAACUCCCUCCCCAAGGAACUCCGCGCCGCUUCCAUCCUCAAUCGUACGGCGCUCCCCGUCUCCUCCCCCUCCGAUCCCCCCGCCACCGGCCCCUUCUCCCGCGUCUUCGUCCCUGGCGCCUCCCCCGCCGAGUCCUUGAUCCCUCCCCCUCCCUGGGGCGGCGUCGGUGGAGGGGGAGGGGAAGGAGGAGGAGGAGGAGGGGACGCCGCCGACGAACCUCUACGGGCGGGGGCGGCGGCGAAGGUGAAGCUCCUGUGCGGAUACGGCGGCCGGAUCCUGCCGCGGCCGAGCGACGGCGCGCUCCGCUACGUGUGCGGCCACACGCGGCUCAUCUCCGUCGCCAAGGACGUCUCCUUCGCCGAUUUCAUGAGGAAAAUGGCGGGGGUGGUGCGGGGGAACGAGGACGGGGAGCCCGACGACGCGGGGGCCGUCGCCGUGAAGUACCAGCUCCCCGGCGAGGACCUCGACGCGCUCGUUUCGGUGUCGUGCGCCGAGGACCUGGAGAACAUGAUUGAGGAGCACGACAAGGUGGCCGCCGCGGCGCCCGACGGAUCCGCGAAGCUCCGCGUCUUCCUCUUCACCCCCGCCGACGCCGCCGCCGAUCCCGGCGCCCACCUCGGCGGCGCCGACGAGACGAGCCAGCGGUACAUCGAAGCUGUGAACGGAGUCGCCGCGGCGCCGGAUGCAGCUGGGGGUGCUGUGCGGAGGAAGGAGAGCGUCGCGAGUGCGGCGUCCUCCACGCAGAAUUCGGACGGCGCAGUCGCAGGCGAGGCCGCCGACGGAAACAUCGAAGGUGUGUCCUCGCCCUCUCUUCGCUCUCCUACUGUUGCUGCCUCCGAUGAGGCGCUGAAGAUGGCGUAUGUGGGGGGCGGCGGCGGCGGAUCCAAUCCCGUCGCAUUUGUGGAUAGCUCCGGGGGGUACUUUGGCGGUAAUGCUUCCGGCCUAGGAACUAGUUUUCCUGUUCAAAAUCCUAGUUUGGUUUGGCAGGAUCAGCCUAGUUUUCCUGUUCAUCAAGCUUAUGUAGAUCCUCAUCAAGUUCAGUAUGUUAAUCCCCAGCAAAUGGGGAUUGGAGGUGGGGCUCAACCUGUACAUGUAGUCCCUGUACAGAUGAAUCCAUACAUGUCUGGCAGGGUUCCGAUCACUGCAGCUAUGCCGGCUUCUCAAGUUGGUAAUUUGAAGCCGGCCCAGGCUCGGGUGGAAUAUGCUGCAGAAAACCCAUAUGGGGGAAGGCCUGUUCAGCCUUCUACUGAUCAGAGUCAUAAGGCUUUGCAGCCACUUUCGCAGUUCCCGCCUUUACCUCCCGCAUACCUUCAGCAGCAGAAUACCGAGAACUAUGGAAUGCAGCAGGGCGUGCCGCCGCCCCCGGCAAAUUCUGCGACAUUGAAGUAUGAUGAUUGCGCUAUGUGUCAAAAGGCGCUGCCGCAUGUCCAUUCGGAAACAAUGAUACAGGGGGGUUCAUCUCCGAGCAGCACCACUGAACCCAGCCCGGUGUUCUACAGUCAACGUUCAGAGGAUCCAAAACGCGGUCCCAACUUGGGUGGAGCUGUGGGUUCUAAGGUGGGAGAACCAAGAAUUGCGAGUGCCAUACCGGCAUCUCAAUUAGGGGUUUAUGCAUUCUCUCAGAACCCAGAAACACAUGUCAGCAUGAGGCCGGCUGUUCAGGGCUCAGAGACUGUCGACCCUUCUAGGGUUUUGAUUCACCAGGUUGUGACUAGCAAUGGAGCAUUUUUAAGCAAUAUUCUAGAGUCUCAUGGUGAGAAUUCUUACCAACAGCACUGGCAGACUUUGCAGCCUGUUCAAUUGCAUUACGAUUACGGGGUUAAGCAGGGAGUCUUUUCUAAGCAGCCUGGUGUUGAUGCUAGUCAAGUAAAGAAUGUGAAUUUCCAGCCAUCAGAUCCCAUACAAGAUCAUGUCGCUCAAUUCCCGAUUAGAUAUGUUCAAGCUGUUGAUGGAAGAAUACAGGCUCUUCAUUUGGGUCAUGCUGGAAAUUCUGAAUCUCAUAGGCUUGCUCCUUCUGGCUUUGCCUCUGAUGGAAAAGUCGACAGUUCUCCUCUUGUUUCAGAGACUAGUUAUACAGUGAGACCUCAAGUUGGAGGGCAUGCUACAUUAACUGGUGAUCCUAAUGUGAGUUCGGCAUUCAUUUCUCCAGAAAAUUAUGUUAAACCUGUCGAACAAUGGCCGCCUGUCACCUUUGAAGUCACCGGCAUGCAAAGUGUUCAGCCCAGCAUGCAGCAAGAAACAAUUUUGAUUGGAAACCAGGGACCGUUCCCUAACAAUCUUGGAGUUGGCAUUGACCCGUCAGCUCCUAAAGAGAGGCUCCUUGUUAGGCCUGUAUAUGCUGGUGUUAAUGCUCCUCUAUAUAGCGGUACCAAUCUGGUUGCCAUGCCGGAUCAGAAAGAUGAGGCUCCUAAGUUGCAUCCAGGCGAGUUGUUUAAUAACUUUGCUGUCCCUUCUAGUGGAAAUGCUCAAUUUCCAGGGAUGAGUUCUACUAUUCCUACAGAGCCUAUAAGUACUUUCCAGGAAUCCAAUUCCUCGAACUCUCUCUUCUCCAACCAAGACCCGUGGAAAGUUCUAGAGAGUACACACUUGCCACCUCCAAAACCCAGUAUAUUGGCUAAUAAGGAGCCCAUUGUGGCAAAGGAUUCAUACGCAGAAAACCAUUUGGGUACUUGUAAUGGAUCAAAUAUAGUUUCUCUCUUAGAAGAAGGCAACGUUCCACAUAUUUCAGACUUUCCUAACAAGGAUUCCACCAAAGAUCUUGUUCAAGUCACAGAAGGCUCGGGAGAAGAGCGCGUCAGACAACAACUGCAAGCUGUCGCUGAAGGUGUAGCAGCGUCAGUACUUCAGUCGCCUGUACCUUCUGAUCCUAGUUUCUAUCCUCGAGAAACUAAUAAAGCCACUGCUGUUCCUGACAAGAAUCCAAUAAUUGUUGAGGAUAAUAUAGAUUCAGGACGGGGCAUAGUUGAUCCAAAAUCUGAGAACACUAAGGGUAAUCAAUUAGAUAAGACCAGCCCUGGCAUUCCUAUUUCGGAUGACAUCGGCCGCCUUCAGAUAAUAAAAAAUAGUGAUCUUGAAGUAUUGCGGGAGCUAGGUUCUGGAAAUUUCGGCACCGUCUAUCAUGGGAAAUGGAGAGGAUCAGAUGUCGCAAUAAAAAGAAUCAAUGAUAGAUGCUUUUCUGGGAAGGCAUCAGAGCAAGAGCGCAUGAGGGCUGAUUUUUGGAACGAAGCUUCCAAACUUGCAGACUUGCACCAUCCAAAUGUAGUAGCUUUUUAUGGUGUUGUUCUUGACGGCCCAGAGGGAGCUGUUGCAACAGUGACGGAGUACAUGGUCAAUGGUUCUCUUCGACAGGCUUUGCAAAGAAAUGACAAGAUACUAGAUCGUCGUAAACGCCUCCUUAUUGCAAUGGAUGUAGCAUUUGGGAUGGAAUACUUGCAUGGAAAGAAUAUUGUGCACUUUGACUUGAAAAGCGAUAAUUUACUUGUCAAUUUACGGGAUCCUCAACGUCCAAUUUGCAAGGUUGGUGAUCUGGGCCUUUCAAAAGUUAAACGCCAAACCCUAAUAUCCGGUGGAGUGCGGGGAACUCUGCCCUGGAUGGCUCCGGAGCUUCUAAAUGGCAGUAGUAGUCUUGUCUCUGAAAAGGUCGAUGUUUACUCCUUUGGAAUUGUGAUGUGGGAACUGCUUACUGGAGAUGAACCUUAUGCUGAUUUGCACUAUGGAGCUAUCAUAGGUGGAAUAGUGAGCAACACUCUACGGCCUCCGGUACCCGAUUCGUGUGAUCGUGACUGGAGGUCGCUGAUGGAGCAGUGCUGGUUGUCCGAACCGUCCGAGAGGCCGAGCUUCACGGAGAUUGCCAACAGGUUGCGUUCUAUGGGGGCUUCCCUUUCCCAAAAGGGACAAGCUCAAGCACAAAAAUGAUUGAGAGAUGUUUGUACUUCUCGCUUCUAUCAUCAAUAUGUUCUAUCAGUAUGUUCCAUGACUCUUACUACUACUACCAUCAAAAGGUUUCCAGAGGAUUUACAGUUGCGGUUGUAAAUAUAUAUAGUAAUAAUUCCAUGUUUCUUUUUUUAGAUAAAUUUUGGAAAGCUUAUUCUGUAUGCUAUAAGCUAGUUUAUAUGUGUGCUUUUUUUUUUUUUUGUUUCAUUCUAUUGUGUCCAAAUGAUUACCUGGUCUAGUUGUUAUUUGGAAGUGGAGAUUAAACAAAAAAAAAAAUGCCAUUUUUCUUGGACUGGGAA